AUGGAGGACGGAUCAGCGACGCCCGCGGCCUCACCCGGGCCCGCCGCGGGGUCGGCGUCUACGCCGCCCCCGCGCGACGCCUUCUCCUCCCCCGACUUCAGCGCGGUCGACUUCAUCAAUCGGCUCUUCCCCGACGAGGCGAGCCUGGCGCAGGUGGACCCGCUCAUCGAGCGUCUCCGGCUUAGGGUUCGAAAGGUGGACGACGAGAUCCUCGCCGCGGUGCGAUCGCAGAGCACGGGGGGGGCGCGCGCGAAGGCGGACCUGGACCAGGCCAAGCAGGCCAUCGUCGAGCUCAGCGGGAGGAUCCAGGAGAUCAAGAGCAAAGCCGCGCAGAGCGAGCACAUGGUGCAGGAGAUCUGCAGGGACAUCAAGAAGCUCGACUUCGCGAAGAAGCACCUCACGUCGACCAUCACCGCGCUGCGGAGGCUCAGCAUGCUGGUCACCGCGGUGGAGCAGCUGGAGACGCUCAGCAUGCGACGGCAGUACAGGGACAGCGCCAACCUCCUCGAGGCGGUCGAAGAGCUCCUCACGCACUUCGCAUCCUACGGAGACAUCCCGAAGAUCGCAGAUUUGCAAAAGCGGAACACUGCGGUGAAGCAGACUUUGCGAGGCAUGGUGUUCGAGGAUUUCCACAGCACGUGGAUGCCCACGACGAUGGAGCAGGACCCCGCGGCGGCGGCGAGGCUCGCCGACGCGUGCCUCGUCGUCGACGCCCUCGACGCGUCCGUCCGCGAAGAGCUCGUCGGCAACCUCACGAACAAGGAACUGAUGAACUACAACUCGUGCUUCGACGAGCUCGUCAACAAACUCACGCUGGAGAACGUCGAGCGGCGGUACGCGUGGAUCAAGCGGAACCUCAAGUCCAAGGAGGCCAUGUGGCGGGUGUUCCCGGCGCGGUGGAGGGUACCCCAGCUGCUGUGCAUGUCCAUGGGCAAGCUCACUCGAACGCACGUGCUGGAGAUGCUCGACACCUCGGGGCCGCACGAGGUCCAGGCCACGCUGCAGGCGCUGCACCGGACGAUCGAGUUCGAGCGCGAGAUGGACGAGUACUUCGGCAUCGACGACGCCGUCGUGGGGGGUGCCGACGGGGGUGCCGACGGGGGUGCCGACGGAUUCGACGAGGACGAGGACGCCGCGUCCGCCGCGCAGAUUCGAGCGCGGCACGAGCGAGCGGUGAGGGAACGGGAAGUCGCGGAGCAGCGCGGCGGGCGCGCGCUGCCGAUGGACAGCGCCGCGGCGGCGUUGGCGAGGACGUCGUUCCGCGGGGUGAUAUCCGGGUCGUUCGACGAUCACAUGGGCGCGUACGUGGACAUGGAGGAGAAGCAGCUGAUGGAGUUUAUCGACGAGCUCAUCGCCGAGGAGACGUGGGGAGGGCCGGAGCCCGAGGACGAUUCCGCGGAUCCCAUGAAGGCUCUGCUUCGCAAGCAACAGACGGCGAAGAGUCGCACGGACGCCCUACGCGGUGGGGCGACCGAGGGCCAGACGCUGCCGAGCGCCGCGACGCUCUUCCUCAACGUCAAGAAGGUGCUGCGGCGGUGCUCCAACCUGACGAGGGGAAAACCGUUAUGCGCGCUGCACGUCGUCUUCGUCAAGGUGCUCGGCGCCUACGCCGACAAACUUCGCAAGAGAUGCGACGCCGCCGGGCAGCUCCUGCGCACGGACUUGAAACAGAAGGACCCGGCGAAGCUUAUCGCGGAGUACCGGUGUUUGUGCCUCGUGGUCAACACCGCGGAUUGGUGCGCCGGCACGGUGACGCCCCUGGGCGACUCCGUCCGGCGGAUGCUCGCCGACGAACACCUCAAAUCGCGAAUCGAUUCCGACGCAUCCCUGAGCGAAACGUUCCACGCGCUCGUGACGCACGCGCUCGGUACCUUGGUGAGCGGGGUGGAGACGCGGACGGAGGUUGGCGCACACGUGGCCAAGACGGAUUGGUCGAGGGUGGAGAGCACCGGCGAUUCCUCCGAGUACGUCGCGCACGCGCAGGCGACGUUCGCCACGGCUGUGCCGCCCGUGCGACAGACGGUUCGUGACGACUACUUCCUCUUCUUCUGCGAGAAGCUCGCCGGGAGCAUCGCGCCCGGCGUGUACGCGGCGGUGUUCCGGUGUAAGAAGUUCAGCGACCACGGCGCGCAGCAGCUCCUGCUGGACGUGCACGCGCUCAAGACUAUUUUGUGCGAGCUGCCGAAAGCGGGGGCGCUCGGGAAGGAUGAGAAACCGCGCGUCGUCCCCGCGUCGUACGCGCGGAUGGUGGGGCGGGAGAUGCAAAAGGUGGAGUCCCUGGUGAAGGUGAUCUUAUCCCCGCAGGAGGGACUCGCGGAGACGUUCAGGGCGCUCGUCCCGACGGGCUCGGGGGCGGAGUUUAAGAAGGUGUGCGAGCUGAAGGGGAUGGCGAAGAAGGAGGCGGAGGCGACCGCGGUUCGCGCGUUCGGCGCCGCCGCGCUGGCGCAGCCGAAGGCGACGGCCAAACCCGUCGUCCCUCCCGCCGCCGCCGCUGCGGCGGCGGCGGCGCACGCGCUCGCGACGGGUCAACCGGCUUCCUCCUCGGCAUCUUCGUCGGCGGCGCAACACCGACGCACCGGGAGCGGCGGCGGCGGCGGCGGCCUCGGCGCCAUGAACUCGUCCAUGUUCAAGGGCAUGAACACCUCCAUGUUCAAGAUGGGCGGCGUCGGCAUGAGCUCGAGCGUGAGUGGGAUGAUGGACCGCGCCAAGGAUCUCAGCGCGAAAGCCGCGAGCGGGAUGAAGGAAGCGGCGGACAAGGCAAAGGAUAAAUACAACGAAGCCGCGUCGAGGGCGCGGUGAUUGAGCUCCUUUAGCGAUGCGCGAUUCGUGAAUGCGAGGAGUAAGUUGUACGAUACGAUCGAUAAGCCUU